ACUACCAGCAAUAAUGACACGGAUAUCCCACCACUGGUAAUCUCCAAUGCCGACGCCCGUUUGGAUGCCCUGGAUGACUUUAAUCUUCAGGCCCUCCGUGACGCUUCUGGCAAUAACGAUGGGACUCGGGUUGCCUUUCAACAACCUUCUGCUCCCAGUAACAUACCAUUGAGUGAAGUGUACAAGGAUACUCAAAAUGUGGCAUUGCUGCAAUUCUUUCAAAGUGCCUGGCAAAAUUGGAGCGACCUUGGAGAUGCAGGGAGAGAUCCAAUGGCUUCUUUGAUGGCGAAAACUGCCGAUUCUAGAUCUAUUGACAAUGACAAUGACACCACCGACACCACCACCAGCAACAUUCCUGCACUCAUACCCGGCAAUACACCUCUUCCACAUGACAACAACCAACGACCAACGACCCAGUCGCAAUGUCAUGGGACAAAUUGGGUACUAUUGCACUGA